AUGUCAGACACCAACGAUCCGGCGAUACCACCGCUAGCCACCCCGCAAGGCUCUCCCGUAGCCGACCAGGCUUCGUCUUCACCAGAUGCCGAGAUCGACGCAUUCUUGGCCUGGGCCAACGCCGUGCUCGAGGACAUUCCCGAUGUAGACCAUGCAGUCCAGAAGCCGAGCGAUCUCUCAGAUGGUGUCGCCCUCUUCCACAUCCUCUCCGACAUUGAUCCCGACCUUUUCCGCAAUCCACAUGCAGGCGACACAAAAGACAACUGGGUGCUCACUAUUGGCACUCUCAAACGUCUUUACAAGCUUAUGAUGCAGUACUACUCUCAAAGCCUCCAAUGUGCACCCACUGCCUUGCCAUCUCCCGACCUCAAUGCCAUCGCACGCUCUGCCGAUCCACAAGAGCUCGCCAAACUCUGCCUCCUCGCCAUCGGCAUCGCCGUCCGCAGCGACAAGAACGAGACUCACAUCGCCGCUAUUCAAACGCUUGAUCAGGCACAUCAGCACCAGCUCAUGAUGUCCAUAGAGCGUAUCAUGUCCUUCAUCAGCCAAGGUCAAGAGGAGUACCAAACGGCUUCCACUGCAGACGACUCCGUCGCUUCUUCCGCUCCCAAUGGCGACGCAGACCAAGUCGAUCCAAAGCACCAGGGCAAGACGGCUGUCCAGCUCGCAAACGAGCUCGAAGCGAUCGAGCUCCAAAAGGGAGACGUCGACAAGUCUUAUCUGCUCUUGCUCCAAGCUCAUCGAGAACUACAGAACAAGUUUCAAGACUUGCAAACGGAAAAAGACCAGCUCGCAACAAUGCACGAGGAGCACAAAAAGAAUCUCGAGAACUCGCGUAAUGAACAGGCAGACGUGCUCAUGCGCCAAGAAAUCGACAGGCUCAAAAGCGAUCUGCGGCGGAGCGAGGAUGCCCUGGCCGAGCUCGAGACCGACAACGAGAAGCUUCUCCAGACUGCCCAAGAGUCCAAGCGCAAGAUUGACGAGCUGCAAAAGAGCGCCGAAGAAUCAGUCAAGCUCAAGGAUCAGCUCGAAGAACACAGGCACGCAGCAGAUCGACUCCAGAAGGCAGAGAAUGCCAUCGAAAAGUACAAAAAGAAGCUCGAAGAAGGCGCCGACAUUCGACGUCAGCUUAAGGCGUUCGAAGACCAAAACGCCGAGCUCGUCGAUCGCAACGCCAAGCUCGAGGACGACUAUAAGCGUGUCUCGGCCUUCAAGCCUCUCAUGGAUUCGUACAAGUCGCAGAUUGCCGACCUGGAAUCCACCUCCUCCAAUCUUCGCCGCGAUCUGGCCGCCUCCAAAUACGAGCAAGAGCAGAUCCUCUCCCGACUCAAGGCUUCCGAAGACCAGCGUGCCUCUGCAAAGGAGGAGAUGGAGCUGUACCAGGAGCGCAUCAAGGAACUCGAAUUUGGCGGUGAUGCAGCCGUCACCAAGCGCAAGCCACUCGUGAGCCGUGCGUCGAAUGUCUCUGCGAAUGGCAUAGACGGUCUCGUCGCAGCAGACGCCAGCCGAGCCAGCGCGGAAGACGCCGACGGGCUCGACGAGGAUGAUGAGCCCCAGGACCGAUCAGGCGAGCUCGAGGACGCGCUCAGCGGUACAACCACGGCCGAUCUCAAGAUCAAGCUCCGCAAGCUUUCCCGCGAGCUCGAAGCAGCCAAAACCAACAAGGCAGAUCACUCGCGCCUCAUCGUGCUCGAAAACCUGCUCGAAGAUGCACAGCGUAUGAAGACACGAUACGAAGCAGACUACCUGCGAGAACAUCGCGACAAAAUGGUACUGCAGAACCAACUCGAAGCCAUUCGCAGCGGCAAGUCGGACCUCGGCGAUGGGACAGAGGCAGCGUACGCAUUGCGCUUGCGACUCAAUCAAGUGGUCGAUGAGCUGGACGAGGCCAAGCGGCGCGCGACCCAACUGGAGGUCGAAAAUGAGGAGGUGGCACGCGAGCUGACAAUAGCCAAGUCGGACCUGAGCCUGGUCAACAAGGAUCAAGUGGACAUCCUCCAUUCGCUUCGUGCAUCCAUGGAUGUCGACAAGGACGAAUUGGAAGCGAACGUCAAGAAGCUCAAAACUGAAGUCGCGUCGGUUAGCGAGCAGAAUCGCAUGUACAUGGCGCAAGUCAAUUCGCUGCUCAUGGAAAAGGUCGAUCUGCAAGCAGAUGGUAUCGGACAGCGCGACGAGGCACUCAAGCGCGAACGCACGCUAGGAGAAUUGCGGACGAGGCUCAAGGGUAAAGGUCUCCCCAAGGAAGUGGAGGAUAUGGUGGCUAGCCUGCAGAGCGAAGCGCUCGGCACGACGCGCGAUCUCAAAGCACUACAGGAACGCUUCAACAAAGCCAAGACGUUCAUCAAACAGCAGGACAAGAUGAUCAAGGAGAAGGACCGAAGCCUUGCAGCCGCAGCCGCAGUGGGAGGCAGUCUCGCGGGCUCAGGAGGAGUGCUCGAUGGCACUAACGGUCGUAGCGAAACAGGCAACGAGACGCUCGAGCGGGAGAACAGGACGUUGCGCGAUCAGGCUCGCAACCUGGAGCGCGAACAGCGGCUCAUGAUGUCUGCAUUCCAGGAACUGGGUCGACGCUACAUGGUGGAGCUGGAAUCGGGUCGCAAUCCAAGCGGCGGUGGUGGUGGUGGAGGCGUGGUAGGAGGAGGCGCUGGAGCAAGGUCGGUGUCGUCGUCGUUUGCUGCUGGUGGAGUGCGGGCGCUUUCUGGGUUGACAGGUCUGAAUGGACCAGGACGAAGCUGGCUCGUAAAUCAGCGGCGAACUGUCAACCCUACACUUCAGCUGGCCAGUCGUAGGUGA